ACUGCAGCCCAAGCCUAUGAGACAAGGGCGCAUGGAAUAAUGGGCUACAAAACAUCCAAGGGUAGUCUGCAACGGGAACCCCCCCAAUAAAAUGAUAUGUAUAAAUAUCAACAUGGGCCAAGGACGGAAGGUUGUCUCUCAAAAUUUCUUCAAGAGAAGAACUAAUUUAGCUGUAAUUUCUCAAAACAGAUCAUGGCUGCGUUCGCGCUUUGGAUAGUAUUGCUGCCUAUUGCAGCGUCGAAAUUUGCCCUAAACCUCACACCGAAGCAUCCCAUGGCUCGAGUCGGCGACAGUCUGGUCCUGACGUGCAAAGCCAGUGGUUGCGCCGAAGCCGUCACGUUCACCUGGUCUUCAUUGAUUGACCGGUCACUCUACGGUAAAACGGAGACCAACGGGACAGUGUCCCUGCAAAUAUUUAACCCGUUGGAAAUUCAUCACGUCAACACGGUCGUCUGUAAGGCCACAUGCAGAACCAAAGGAGAAGUUCCACAAAACGCGCAAAAGUCUACUAAGGUGAACGUCUACGCCUUACCAAAGGAUCCCACCAUAUCAAGAAGUGACCUUUUGACUGAGGGUCAGGAGAGUAACCUCACCUGUACAGUUCCAGAUGUGUACCCAGCUGAACGUCUAAUCAUUGAGUGGCUACUGGGAGAUGAAGUUCUCCUCAAACAAGAUGAACAUCUGGAAGUCCAGACUGUCACCUCAGUGUUGAAAUACAGACCGACAGCCCAGAACAAUGGACAGAAUAUUACCUGCAGAGCCACGCUGGACAUUGGGAUUGACAAGAGAACCAGAGAGACUGUCACCUCAAUGACCAUUCAAUAUUCCCCCAGAAAUAUCACUAUCUCAGAGAACACUCAGGUGAAAAUCGGAGACGGUUUUACACUGACGUGUCGUGCUGUGGGGAACCCUGAACCUACAGUGUUGUGGAGAAAACUGGACCAAGAUGGCCGCUCAGUCGUGGCAGGAGAGGGAGCGACCCUAUUGGUGGAAGAAGCGUCAUGGUCCCACGGUGGAGAGUAUGAAUGCGUGGCCCACAACGUCGUAGGAAACCUUACAGCUCACAUGACUGUUAAUGUUCAAGGUCUUCCAGAGAAGCCUGUUCUUUAUCUGAGCCCAUCUGGUGAGCUGAAAGCGGGGGACAGUGUGACCAUUACCUGCCAAUCAGAGAGUGGGCCGCAGGGGCAUGUGACCAUUACCUGCCAAUCAGAGAGUGGGCCGCAGGGGCGUGUGGCGUUACGUCAGUUGUCCGGCAGUCAGGGGGCGGAGCUACAGUCCAACCAGGGCCACACCUCCAUCACUGUCCAAUUGCUGACAGCUAGAGACUCGGGACUGUACGAAUGUCAGGCUACCAAUCCCUAUGGGAAACAGACAUCUUCCAUUAACAUCACAGUCUUCGAUGAGCUUUAUACAGAGACCCAGAGAACCACAGCGACUGUCGCAUCAAUGACAGUUCAAUAUUCCCCCAGAAAUAUCACUAUCUCAGAGAACACUCAGGUGAAAAUCGGAGACGGUUUUACACUGACGUGUCGUGCUGUGGGGAACCCUGAACCUACAGUGUUGUGGAGAAAACUGGACCAAGAUGGCCGCUCAGUCGUGGCAGGAGAGGGAGCGACCCUAUUGGUGGAAGAAGCGUCAUGGUCCCACGGUGGAGAGUAUGAAUGCGUGGCCCACAACGUCGUAGGAAACCUUACAGCUCACAUGACUGUUAAUGUUCAAGGUCUUCCAGAGAAGCCUGUUCUUUAUCUGAGCCCAUCUGGUGAGCUGAAAGCGGGGGACAGUGUGACCAUUACCUGCCAAUCAGAGAGUGGGCCGCAGGGGCGUGUGGCGUUACGUCAGUUGUCCGGCAGUCAGGGGGCGGAGCUACAGUCCAACCAGGGCCACACCUCCAUCACUGUCCAAUUGCUGACAGCUAGAGACUCGGGACUGUACGAAUGUCAGGCUACCAAUCCCUAUGGGAAACAGACAUCUUCCAUUAACAUCACAGUCUUCGAUGAGCUUUAUACAGAGACCCAGAGAACCACAGCGACUGUCGCAUCAAUGACAGUUCAAUAUUCCCCCAGAAAUAUCACUAUCUCAGAGAACACUCAGGUGAAAAUCGGAGACGGUUUUACACUGACGUGUCGUGCUGAGGGGAACCCUGAACCUACAGUGUUGUGGAGAAAACUGGACCAAGAUGGCCGCUCAGUCGUGGCAGGAGAGGGAGCGACCCUAUUGGUGGAAGAAGCGUCAUGGUCCCACGGUGGAGAGUAUGAAUGCGUGGCCCACAACGUCGUAGGAAACCUUACAGCUCACAUGACUGUUAAUGUUCAAGAUAAAUCCGUCAAUCCAAAGACCGUCAUCAUACCUGCAGCGUGCUUCGUUUUCAUGACCGCUGCUGCCGCGACUCUGAUGCGAUUCCUGAAGAGAGCAAAACAGGCAAGUUCAUAUGAACUUGCAAGGACAGUUUAGACUCCCCCCCAUGGAGGGAAGAGAGAUGGACUCAACAUCAGUCUGCAAUUGAGCACUGUAACAGUCCACUUCUAGCAUCGAGGGGGUGUUUUCCUCAGAGGUGGACAGAGCUGUGCUUUCGGCAUGUAAGAGACUGUGUUCUUCGUUGCUAUUGGUCAAGUGAAGCUCAAACACGCACUGAAAUCAUGGUCUCGAUUCAAUCCGUAUCGUGGAAGUUGAUUGAAAUGUAAAUGUUUUCCAGUUGAGCCGACGGAUGCAGCGGUUACCGUGGAUGCAGCGGUUACCGUCAGUCUACGGGAACAUUGCCUUUUAAAAUUCAAUUGCGCUACAGCGAUGAACCUUCCGCGAUACGGAUUGUAUUGAGGCCUAAUUGUUUGUUUAUGCGUGUUCUCUACUGGUGGAUGUACUAAGCCAUGAAUGUAACUGAUGAUUUGCACAGGUAUGACUUCUAGCAUCUUGUAAUACCUUCAGUCAACCACCAGCCCAGGAUAUUGAGUCACUGCAGCAUCAGACCUCUUGUAAUACCUUCAGUCAACCACCAGCCCAGGACAUUGAGUCACUGCAGCAUCAGACCUCUUGUAAUACCUUCAGUCAACCACCAGCCCAGGACAUUGAGUCACUGCAGCAUCAGACCUCUUGUAAUACCUUCAGUCAACCACCAGCCCAGGACAUUGAGUCACUGCAGCAUCAGACAUCUUGUAAUACCUUCAGUCAACCACCAGCCCAGGACAUUGAGUCACUGCAGCAUCAGACAUCUUGUAAUACCUUCAGUCAACCACCAGCCCAGGACAUUGAGUCACUGCAGCAUCAGACCUUUUUUCACUGGAGUUUAUAUUAUUGCUGUAUAUAAUUUUUGUAUUUUUUUUAUGUGAAUUAAUAUGUUUUGUAAAGACUUAUUGUAAUAAAGAUGACAAUGAAAAGGUGUACCCUGCCUCCUGUUUGAACAGACACACACGGUGAUGUGGCGGCAGCGUAGCCUCGUGGUUAGAGCGUUGGACUAGUAACCGGAAGGUUGCGAGUUCAAACCCCCGAGCUGACAAGGUACAAAAUCUGUCGUUCUGCCCCUGAACAGGCAGUUAACCCACUGUUCCCAGGCCGUCAUUGAAAAUAAGAAUGUGUUCUUAACUGACUUGCCUGGUUAAAUAAAGGUAAAAUUAAAAUAAAAUAAAAAAAUACAGGGUUUAGGUAAGAGUUGGAGGGUGUGGAAGAGACAAGGAAACAACAGGCAUACCUCCGAAACACACAAAGACCAAAUAGACUUGACUGAGGAUAUGGCACUCCGUAUCAAGGAAACCAUCUCAGAAACAAACACCCAUGUUCCACAAACUCUUCUGGGAAGUGUGAGACUAAUCUUCCAUUUGAGACUGUGUUGAGAUAAAAAAAAAACAUAAGUACAAUACCAUAUUUGUCCCAAGGGCUCAGUCAAUGGGAGGAGGAGUUUGGAGUUCAUUGUGCUUACCGACACCAGUCCCAAAUGAUCUCUGGUUUCCCCUUUAAAAGCUUUCAGACAAAUCUGUGAAAAGACACACACAAAACUGAGGAAAUCUUUGGGGGAUAAACAGUGAAAUCAAAAUGAUUGCGUUUUCUUUUUUAUCAGUAUACAUUAGAUGCUUCUGUUAUAUUUUUGAGUUAGUCAUUAAAUUGACAAAUAAAUUAGGCCCUAAUCUAUGGAUUUCACAUGAAUGGUUAGGGGCACACUCAUGGAUGGGCCUGGUAGGGCAUAGGCCCAACCACUGAGGAGCCAGGCCCAGCCAGUCAGAAUGAGUUUUUCUCCACAAAAGGGCUUUAUUACAGACAGAAAUAAUCC